CAAUCCUACCUUGCGUAUUGGUUAACAGGUUGUGUUCCAGUGGACACCAGUCCGAUUACAGUAAUUCAGGAAUUCAAAAGUUAGGCGCUGGGGGAAAAUAAUCCGACAAUCCUGUCUGAAACAUACCAUAAGUGUGGGGUUAUUAUGGCAGAAAAAACUCGUUGUGAUGGAUAAAAUCCCAUAUAUCUUUUAGGACAGUGCCUGGUGGAGAUAUCCGGCUGUGGAUUUUGCACGAGCGCAGGUCCCAGGAUGAUCCCAGUGAACGAGUUCCGGCAGUUUGCCUCGGAGCGGAACCCCCAGUUCAGGGUUUUGAAGCCUUGGUGGGAUGUAUUCACAGAGUAUCUGUGCAUCGUCAUGCUCAUGAUUGGUGUAUUUGGCUGCACUUUACAGCUGACGCAGGAUAGAAUUUCUUGUCUUCCGAGCCACCUUGCUGCCUCCACCCCAGAAGACAUUGACUGUAGCCACAUAUCAGAAUACCAUGAAAAUGAAAAAAACAUGCCCCGUUUAAAAAAUGCGUCACGCGAGAUCUUUGGAAAGAAGAAUGAUCUGGACAUACACCAGUACGUUUUCGUCAACCACUACUGCUACGAAAGAGCUGUGCACUGGUAUGGUAAAUAUUUCCCAUAUCUGGUGGUUAUCCACACAAUGAUCUUCAUGGUGGCCAGUAGCUUUUGGUUCAAGUUCCCUGGCACUUCUUCAAAGAUCGAGCUCUUCGUCACCAUCCUGGGAAAGUGCUUUGACUCCCCCUGGACCACACGGGCUCUCAGUGAGGUGUCUGAGGAACGUGUGGAGGAGAAGAUGGUCAUCUGGAGGAAGAACACCGUGUCAAAACAUUCUAUAGAUUGUACGAUUAUUGAAGAGGAGACCGCAGGCUUGGUGCGCUCUUCCUCUGUCAAGUCCAACGCAGAGAAGAAGCCUUUGGAGCCUCAGCAGCCGGUCUCUCUUCUGGACAAGAAGGAAGGGGAACAGGCGAAAGCUCUGUUCGAAAAGGUGAAAAAGUUUCGUACUCAUGUGGAGGAGGCUGAUCUGCUCUACGUCAUGUAUGUGCUGCAGACGGCCCUCAAGGUCUUCAAAUUUGUCCUUAUUACCAUCUAUAAUGCUGUCCUUGUGUCCAAUAUUCAGAUUGUAGUUCGGUGUUCUGUGCCAGAGGAAUUGACAGGGUAUGACGUUUAUUGCUGCAACCACGUCAAGGCGCACCUGUUCUCCAAGUUGGCCUACUGCUACAUCUGCUUUGUUGGGGUAUACGGUGUUUUGUGCAUCUAUACCCUGUACUGGCUGUUCCAUAGGCCACUCAAGGAGUAUUCCUUUGAAAGUGUGCGCCUGGAGACUGGCAUCAAUGACAUUCCAGAUGUCAAGAAUGACUUUGCCUUCCUCCUGCACCUUAGCGACCAGUAUGAUGGCCUGUACUCCAAGCGCUUUGCAGUUUUUCUGUCAGAGGUCAGCGAGAGUCGGCUCAGGCAGGUCAACCUCAAUCACGAUUGGUCGCCCAAGAAGCUGCGGCAGAGGCUCUCCCGGAAUCCCAGCGAUAGGCUAGAACUUCACCUGUUCAUGCUCCAGGGGCUGCCGGACACCCUCUUCGAGAUAACCGAGGUGGAGUCCCUUAAACUGGAGCUUCUCAAGGACGUCACCAUCCCGGCCAGCAUCUCCCAGCUUGUCUUCCUGGAGGAGCUCUGCCUGAUCCACUGCCCCACCAAACUGCAGCUGGCUGCUCUGAAUAACCUGCGCGAACGCCUCAAGGUCCUGCGGCUCACCUUCGAGGGUCUGGAGCAGGUCCCCAUGUGGACGUACACCUUGAACGGGCUGGAGGAGCUGCACCUGACUGGCUCCCUCACCCACGAGGUCUCUCGCAACGCAUCCCUCGACACCCUGCGGGGGCUGAAGAACCUGCGGGUGCUGACCCUGCGCAGCCGGCUGGCCAAGAUCCCGGCCAGUGUGGCGGACACGGGCGAGCAGCUGCAGCGGCUGUGCAUCUACAACGAGGGCACGAAGCUGCAGGCCUUCAGCAGCCUGAAGAAGCUGGGAAACCUGCUCUGCCUGGAGCUGGUGGGCUGCGAGCUGGAGCGCAUACCCAGCGCCGUCUUCAGCCUGUCCAACCUGCAGGAGCUGGACAUGAAGGAGAACAAGCUGUCGUCGGUGGAAGAGAUCCUCAGCCUACAGCACUGCCGCCGACUGAUCACCCUCCGGCUCUGGCACAACGCCCUCCUGUACGUCCCUGAGCAUAUUAGCAAGCUGCGUGCCCUGGAGACCCUGGACCUGAGCUGGAACAAGAUCCGCAGCCUCCCCACCAGGCUCUUCUACUGCACAAAGCUCCGGCACCUCGAUGUCUCUCACAACGGCAUCAGCUCCCUGCCCCCGGAGGUGGGCAUCCUGCAGAGCCUUCAGUACUUUGGAGCAGCAUCCAACUCCCUGGAGUCGUUGCCCGACGAGCUCUUCUCCUGCAAGCGCCUUAAGACCCUGCUGCUAGGCAACAACAGGCUGGCCUUCCUGUCACCUCGUGUCUCCAACCUGGCCCAGCUGGUCAGGCUGGAGCUCAAGGGGAACCGCCUGGAGUCGUUGCCCCAGGAAAUCAGGGACUGCCCCAUGCUGAAACUGAGCGGGGUAGUUAUAGAGCAGCAUAUCCUGGAUGUCCUGCCAUCUGAUAUCAGAGAGCGAAUGAGUGACACCUGAGGGACAGCUCAGAGGGCUCAGAAUGAGCAGUAUAAGAGUCUGGCAAUCUCCAGAGUGGUCACAGGUGUGAGAGAUCAGCCUGCCAUUUUGAAGGUGGUAACAAGAGCGGUACAAGUCUGAAUAAACAUUUGUAACUAAGGUUUCCCAACACUACAGACUAAGGUUUAUUAAUCAACUACAAGUGCUACUCAUUCACAGUUGUGCCUCUAGGCCAGAGGUACUCAGUCUUAUUUAGAAAAGGGCCUGUGUGGGUGUAGGCUUUUGGUAAAUGGUAAAUGGUUGGCAUUUAUAAAGCGCCUUUAUCCAAAGCGCUGUACAAUUGAUGCUUCUCAUUCACCCAUUCAUACACACACACACACACCGACAGCGAUUGGCUGCCAUGCAAGGCGCCAAUCAGCUCGUCAGGAGCAUUUGGGGAUUAGGUGUCUUGCUCAGGGACACUUCGACACAGCCUGGGCGGGGGAUCAAACCGGCAACCCUCCGACUGCCAGACGACUGUUCUUACUGCCUGAGCCAUGUCGCCCCCCCCCCUUGAGUCUUUGCUAAGGACCCUGAUCAAGAACCAUAGCAAGAUUCAGGUAUUUGAUAUGAAUGAUUUUAGUAGAAUCAGUGUGCAACUGCUUGGUUGGAACAAACGCCUGCACCCACACCAACCCUUUCUGGAUAAGAUUGAGGAGCCCUUCUCGAGGCUAUGUUUUGACAAAAAUAAGAAUUGCCUUUAUAACCACCUCAUACUAAUGUUCAUCUUGUCCGUCCAAAUAUGAAUAUGCAUUUAUUAACCUGACCAUUUAUGUAUUGAAUUUCCUGCCAUGAAAGGGGACUGAAUCUGCUUUCUGUUAUUGACACAUGGACACAAGCCUCUCCGCCAGAGUUGUAUUCAAAAGCACACAAGCAAAUUAAUUGUACUAUACUGGCCAGAGUCAUGGCGGUUGUUGAAAAUGUAUUUUGAAAAGGGGGGUGGAAUGCACUGGUUGCCAAAGCAAUGUAGGUCCUUAAGUGAGAUCUUUCUAUCUGAAUCAUCGUCAUAACUAUAAUUUCUGUACUUAUCAUAAUGUGUCGGCUCUACACCACAUCAAUUUAAUGUCAUAACCCCUAUACUGUCAUUGUCUUGCAUUUCGAUGCAGUUUAGCAGGGAUACUGAGUAACAUGUGAAUAUCUUUCAGUUCCACAGUUCCAGAGCAUAGUAAGCCGUCUGUAGCUUGAACUCCGUUAUUACAAAAUACAGUAAAAUAAUAUCUACUUGAAUAGGUGAUGUCCAGGUAUGCCAAGUCACAUUUUAAUUAGAAGCACACCCCCAAAUAUGCCAGGUUAUCUGCCAAUGUGCUGCACCAUUCUAUGGGGAGGAGCACAGCAAUGUUUUUGUGUGAGGGAUGGGCAAGUAUGUCUGCACCUUGUUGAACUGGUUGUUCUUGUUCUUUGUCUUUGGUCACAUUCACACCAACCCCCUUCCUCCUUGCCUGAAAGCUACUGAUGAUUUAAGUCUUUUCAAACCCCUUCAGUCCUUGUUUGCAUGUCAUCCUUCUAAAAAGCACCAAAGAACGGCUUAAGGGUGGCAGGAGUUAGUCGACACCUCACCUGCCAAACCUUAGCCUCCAGUCUCUACCUCAUUUCUGACUGCCAGCACUACCUUGUUAUAAUACCCUUGUGUAGUAGUCAUUUUGAAAAUAGACAGGAUUGUGAAUUGAAACAUUGCACUCACAUUUAAUAAUGGGUAUUUUUGUAUGGGUAUUUUAGUUUGUUGUCCUUAGGAAUGGCUGAAGGACAAAAGGAGCACACAUGCUACAUGACAUAGAUUACAGUGUGAAUGUGGAAAUAGUGUUUACUGAGGACAGUGUACUAUAACGAAUUAGCAAACUGGUGUAAUACAGAAGUUCAUUAAUGUGAAAUUUAAUCAACAAAGGUAAAUGACCAACUUUUCUGUAUACAUCUAUAGAAAGCCAGAUGUGUAUGUAUGGUAGAAGAGUAAUGGUUCAAAUCCCAGGAGGGAAGCAGUUGUACAGUCAUUGAGCAAAGUGUCUUAAGUUACAUCCAUUGUCCUAGUACUAGAAAAAAACUGCUAGAUGAUGCAACGCUGUAACUGUCAUUUUAAGGAGCUCCUGUAGGAGUGGAUCUGCUGUGAGCUUUUAAUGUCUCACUACCAUAAGUGAACUGAUUGUAGAAAGGAGCAAAAACAGGAAAUAAAAAAAUUUCUUCUUA